AUGAUGAGCAGCGGGCAACAGGCUCCAAACGUGUUCAACUUUUUCAAAUGGCAACGUGGUGAACCGUCAUCAUCGUCCUUGACUACCGGAUUGCUUCAUAAUGUGUCACACGAGAUUGAGCUAUCUAACUACGGAGGAGUACCAAGUCCUGGUAGUGAGAGCCCAUCGGGACUUCUUAAUGGGGAGAGCUUAAAUGUUCAACCAAUCGCUGAUUUGGAUCUCUUCUUCGAAAGACUCUACAGCUACUAUAGAGACAAAGGCCUUUGGUGUAUCAUCGUAAAGUGGGCUGUUGAGCUUCUGAGUCUUGGCUUCAUCAUAUGCUUCUCUGGGUUUUUCUUGCUGUAUGUUGAUUGGCAUGGUCUUAAGAAUGCAAAAUGUGGAAUGGAUGCGGUUGAAUCUGGAACUAAGCCAUGUGAUCUUGUCAAAGAAGCUAUCCAUCUGCAUCCUUUAACCCCUUUCACACUCACAACUGCUAUAAUUGUUGGAUAUUUGGCCCUCUUCUCUGUCUACUGGAUCUUCUGUUUCUUAAGGUUCUUCGCUCAGUUGAAAGAUACUUUGGACUUUCGGCACUUCUAUUACAACAGUCUCCAUGUCACAGACAAAGAAAUCCUUACUAUGCCAUGGGAAACAGUCCUGGAGAAGGUUGUUCAGUUACAAAGCUCACAGUGCCUUUGUGUGGUUAAGGAUCUUUCAGCUCACGAUAUUGUUAUGCGCCUUAUGCGGAAAGAAAACUACUUGAUUGGGAUGCUCAACAAAGGCUUGCUUUCUUUCCCAAUUUCCCAUUGGAUCCCUGGUGCUGGUCCAGUAGCUAAAUCUGCACCAGAUGGGACACGGUACCACCUUGUGUUGACAAAGACCCUUGAAUGGACCCUUAACUGGUGCAUACUGCAGAGCAUGUUUGACUGUUUCCAAAGUAGUUAUCCUUCUUGGGAAUCAGAUUCUCUUGGGAAACAGUUUCUUUCAAAUCUCAGAACAUUCCGGGACCAAAAGCUUCGAGAACUGAACACAAGACACUCAUGCUCUUCUCCUAGUAGGGCGUGGCGAGAAUCCCCUAUUCUUCGCAACAGCACGUCAACACCGUUAUACAGAGACCUAUCAAGAAAUCCGCAUGCGAGAGGCAACCACGCUGAUUCCAUGUUCCUGAUUGAUUCAGAUCAGAGGAACCAUCCUUACCUUCUUGACUGGUACUACACUUCUCAGUCUCACAACAGAACGGAUCACCACCCGGUAGAGAGAGAGAACGAAAUCUUGACUGCAAACCAAAACUCUGGAGAUUGCUGGCCUCCUAAUUUGGGAAUCCGUGGUGAUGAUAUGGAAGCAACAACUUCAGGUCAGUUCUUCAGAGAGAGCAUUCUGCGCCAACACCAUCCUGAGGGAGAAGAAAACUUUGGAAACCAUCAUCCUCUUGAUGGUAGGAGCCAGUGGUGGGGAAGAGGCGAUCGUUCUCCCACCGGUCCAUCUCAUCCCGCAACAGCCGAUAGCUUCAUCGAGCCGCCGGAUUUUAUAAACCACUACACAACGAGGAACUUGUUAGACAGCGCAUGGAGCAGAAGAAGCAUUGGAGAAGAAGAAGAUGAAGAAGAAGGAUUGGAUUGGGGAGAGAAUGCAAGAAGAAAGUUGUCAAGAACUACAUUUAUGGAUGAUGACGACGACAUUGAAGCUGGGAUUGAUCUCCAUUUCGACGAUGUAUAUAGUUCAAGGCCUCAAGAAACUUCAACAUCAAGAACCUCAUUAGGGUGA